GAUGCAUUCCAGUGACGUCCCUUAGUUUCGACAUAAAACUUCCUCUUACACUUACAACUUCGCAAAGUUUACAAUCACGGACUAAAAUUUGUGCAAGCAACAAUUUCACAUCAAGGUAUGGGUGGGAAGUCGGAAAUCAAGCGUGGCAAGUUGUCAGUUAAAAUUCGAGGACUGAUAAAGGACAAGCAUUUACCAGAAAAAUGGGUGGUGCUGUAUGAUGGAAGCAGUGACCAGAAGCUACCACGCCUUGAAUUGUUUGAUAAAGAAGAACCCCCAGCUUCCAGUAAGGCAUCUAGAGUUAUUAUCCUGGAAAAUGUCAAAUGGGUUGACAAGAGCUUUAUGUCCAAAGAACAACCAUAUUUUGAGCUGUCCAUCAGAAGAGAGAAGCAUUAUUUUCUUGCAGAAAGUGAAUCUGAGAAAGAAACGUGGGUGAGUGUACUGUGCAUUGUCUGCAAUGAACUGGCUAAGCAACGGGCCAAUGAAAUUGAUCUGUCUUAUGUAGAGAACAGUGAGACUGGCCAUGAUGUUAUGAGUGAUAACACUCUGUAUGACACUUCUGAAAAAGCCUUGCAGUUCAAAAUCAGUAUUGAUCCAACCAAGGCAUCCGAAGCUAAUAACUUGCGUGGCAAUUACCUUUUGAUGCCAACACAAGAUUCACUUCAGCUUUUGGAAUCCACUGGUCAGAAAUGCAUCUGUGACUGGCAGUAUCGACAGAUACGUAAGUUUGGUAAAAGUAAACAGUGUUUUCGCAUGGAAGUAGGGAGAACAAGUUCAACAGGCGAAGGAGAAUUCGUUUUUUUUACAGUUGAUGGUGAAAGUAUUGUUCAUUUCAUCACCAUGUACACCAGACUUCUGCAGCAACGAGAUUUGCAGAAAAAAGAGGUGGCCAGACAGACAGCAGAGGCUUCUGGCCAGAAUUUCAACAGUACUCUGCAGCCCACCCCUGCAGCCUCAUCGUUUUCAACUGUUGAAAGCAGGAAGGAGGUGUCUGGCAAUGAAUCGCCUGGCAUUUCUCCCUAUCCUCCUCCAGUAAGGCCUCGAAGUUGCACCGUAGAUCCUCAAGGACCAGCCAGGCCUAACCCAGUAGAUGAUAAGGCAGAGAAGGGAAAGACAAGAACAUCCUCUGGAAAGGGCCCAUCUGCAGAGGUGAAAAUUUAUGAAACAUCUUCAGGCCUGACAGCACCACUUGUACCAGAACUCCAUUCAGAACUUCAGAAAAAAAUGAAGGGUCAGAAAAGUGGCGAAGGGCAGGAUCGCACAUCAGUGACUAGUUCUGCAAGUCCAAAUACAACAAAUAGUACAGGCAUCUCUUGGCCUGAGCCUGGUGAUUCUAAGGACUAUGAUACUGAUGAGCGUGCAAAUGACCACACAGCCAUAAACAAAGAGAAAAAGAGGAGUGAAAAAGAAAGUAAGAAGAAGCGAGAGAAGGAGGAGAAAGCUGCUGAAGCCAGGAAGAAGAAAGAGAUAAAAGAACAAAAAGAGAAGGAUAAAAAGUCAAAGAAGGAUAAAGGGCAUGAAAAGGUACAGCCCUCAAAAUCUCUUCCCACCAAAGAGCCAUCUAAUGUCCCUUUCUCUGAUGGGCAUAUCUAUGAUGAACCAGAGGUGCUGGUUAUUCAGAGAAGUAGUGGAAAACAGCAAGCACAUGUCAAAGCUGACCUGGUGUCACAGCCUGCGGAUUUGUGUAGUGAGACAGCAAACAUCUCCAAGUCUGUGCUACAAGAUUCUGAAGGUAAUAGCUUGUAUGCAAGUCCUAUAAAGCCUGACAGAGAUGCAUGGAAGGUGCAUGCAAGGCCAGAUUCAGCUGCCAUCCAUCAGGAAGACUAUAACCAGAUCAGGAUAGCCUACGCAAGCCAACGACAGCACAGUGAGCCUCGACCAGCAAUACCACCAUACUUAUCUGCAGGCUGCUCAGAAGCAGAAGUCUAUGAUCACUUAGGGAAUUUUGAUUCCCAAAGCAAUCAGAAACUGGCACAUGCAGAGGGCAUAUAUGGGCUAGCAUCAGCAGUGCAAACAGUAAAGCCCAAGUUGCCACCUCCGAUGCUACUAGCAAGCCUGGAAGUGAAUAUGAAGAGACUGAUGUCACACCGCUGCCUCCAGGCAGUCGAUGUGCACCACAAGAUACAUCAAGACUUCUGCGCAAUGCCUAUGAGGAGCCAGAAACAGUUCAGCCUGCUUCUAGAGUUAAAUAUACAGCGGACAGUGAGUACGCUGACAUUUCAUAAUCACCAUUCAGCAAAAUCUAAUAAUUACUUAUGUGUGUUCCUAGGCUUGUUUUAUUUUUGUUAAUGACUCAUUUCCACUGGGACUUUAGUGACCAUAUGCUGAUUAAAAACUUUGAAACAGGGUUAUACAUAAAACAAAAGUGUCUGCUUUGGAUUUAUUUUUUUUGUCAUAACUGUGAUCAUUUAUUUUUAAAAAUCAGAAUACAGCAUGUAUCUUCUGUGCCUUGGUCUUCAGAACAAAAUAUUUGUGUUGCGAUGAAAAUGUCACACAAUAGUCUGUUUGUAUCUCAGGUCAAAGAGUUUUUGACUAAAAGAAGAUCAAAUGAAAUUUUAUUUUAAAGGUAUUUGAAUAUGUAGGAUAAGGGAAGUAAAAUUUGUAAGCAAAUAUCAAUUUCAAAACGGUCACCUCCAGCUUGCAGAUAUAUAUUUUAUCGGUGGAAUAACCCAAAAUUUAUUUUUUAAGCCCCUUACAAAGGUAGCAGCUGUGAUUUUUGUUUGUGUCAAUUUUCAGUCUGUUGCCUCAUUUAAGUCAUCGACAUCACUGUAGCAAUAUGGUAAAAGGCUUGUACUCUUAAUAUCCACCAACAUGAGGGGCUCAUGUUUGGCAGUGGAGAGACUGUGUUUCAGUUAAAGGGGGAGAUCGAAAUUUUGGUGUUGCCAGUGACUUUCUGGCUCCCCAUGCAUUCCCUCCCUCUUUUUCUUGCUACCCAUGUGUGUGUGAGAGUAGAAAGUGAGAGAGAAGGAGGGCAUCUCAGAUUACAACAUCAAAAUUUGCACUGCACAGAAGAGCUAUUUUGCAGUUUCUUUUGCCAAUUAUUUAGGAACCAGCAAUAACAUCUUAGAAUACAGAAAAUAAAUAUUAAGUAUAUAUAUAUAUGUGCUUCCUAUGAGACAUGGCCAAAUAGUGUCAUUUGUGUGCAGGUGUAUAUGUCUCUUUCUCUCUCACACACACACAGAGUCCCACACUUUCCCUUUAUUUAUAAGAUACUGUUAAUAUUGCUUCAUAACUCAUGUUAUUUGGGCAUUGCAUGGUGCAAAUUUUGACACCUUUUAUUUGAAAAGAAUUGUCCCAUGUCAGUGUGUGAUUUAAAAUGUAAAUUCUGAAAACAAAGGUCAUUGGUUUGGUGAACAUUCCUUUUGUACAUAAUUAUCAGAAAUCACAUGUUUUGUACCACUUAUUAUCUGUCUUUUAACUGCAUAUAUAGUAUUUUUCUCUUGGCCCAAAGCCUAACCUAAAUGCUUAUGGUGCGGGCUAGUUUCCACACAACUUACAAUUUUAAAUUGUGCCCAUUUGUUUAACCUAAUGCAUCAGCUGUGAUUCCCCAAAUAAUGGAAAUUUUAGUUCUGCCCUAUAGUUAUGAAACUGGUCAUUUUUUUAAAAGUUUAUAUUUUGCUUUAAAUUUAAGUAUAGGUGUAAUACACAUAUGAAACUUAGUGAUGUGAUUUUUGCUGCUAUUUAAUCAUGUUAUCUUUUAUAUGAGUUGUUCACAUGGUUUUGUUAACAUGAACUUUUAACUUGUGAUUUUUAUAUGGAACUUUUGAGCAGACUUUCACAAUAUGUUUAAAUGAAAAAUGUAGAAGUUUAAAAGAUUGUUGAAAGAUUUUAGCAGGGUACUCUAUUGGUACUGUUUGUAUUAGGAUGAGUGCAUGAAUUAGAUAUGGUUCUGAAUGGGUCUGGAAUCUUUAAAUUAUACUAGGAGAUUUUCCUAAUCUGAAAUAUAUGUUGUUGUUUCACAAUCUUUAAAUUUCUUUGUUUCAUAUUUUUAUUGUGCACUCAAACUUCACUUGCAAAUAAACUGAAAACAAAAUUAUUUGAAAAGCAUGGGAGGGAUACAGUGUUUUGUGAUUGCCUCUAGGUCAUAUGAUAAUAUUUUUCUUAUUUAAAGGAGACAGCCCUCAGAAGUACUGCUAUCUAGAACCUGGUGAUUACAAAGUCAACAUCAAAUCAAAUGCACAUUUUUAUUUAUGCAAAUGUUAUAUUUUUCCUGUGAUUCACUUCAAAUUCACCUAAUUUGAAAUCCCUAAAGUUUAUAUGUCAGGGCUUCUGCUUACGCAAAAAAUUGCGUACAGUACGCAUUAAAAGUUCGUAGGACCCCUUCAAUUUUCGUCAAUGGGGUCCUCUUCAAAUGUGGGCGAAGAACUGGGACCCCUUAAAAAUCUGAAGAAGGGGUCCCUGGGACCCCAAAGAAUUUAGCCUUAGCAGAAGCCCUGUAUGUAGUUUACCAUUAUAUACAGUUACCAACCUCAGUAAAGAUGCUUUUUCCAAUAUUACAUAAAUUUAUUUAAGAUAAAUUUUGUGAUAUCUUAAGUUUUUUAAUUUUCAUUUCUUUCAAAAUGAAGAUUAUGUUUAUUUUAUGGAAAUAAAAUUUGGGGAUAUUUUCUCAGUUCGUAUGAUUACAAAAUUUAGGUUUCUGCACUGAAAUAAUGAAUGGGCUUAAAGCUUCCUACAGCACAUUAUUAAAACCAGGAAACAUCAUUGAUUCUGAAUGGCAUGCACAAAAGCAUGAUUGGAAAGUAGAAUAGGGUUGCUAAAAUUUCAUACAUGAGCUCUGCAAAGCUGAUUAAUAUUAAACCCCGAACCACGUUAUCCCCAAACCAGUUUCAGAAUGAGUGAGCAACUAUUUGUUAAUAUAUAUUUCCAUUUUUGUAAUUUUUACAACAUUGAUUGCCAUUACUUAUAAGUAAACUGGGACAUCAAUGGAUUUUUUAAAAUUUUCCACAAUAGAUUUUUUAAGUACAUUAGAUUUUUGUGUGAAAAAAAGCAGCCAAGUUUUUAGUAUCGACCACAUCAUAAUGGAAUAGAAAUUGUGUACUGAACAAUACCUAUGUGAUUCUUCUGCAUGUGCUUAUGCUUUUACUUUUCUUCAGCAGGUAUUUUGACUAAUGAAUGCAUCAGUGUAAGGAAAUCAAUCUUGUCUCUUCUGAGUUGAAAAGCUUAGUCUGUGAAAGUGAUCAAGCCAAACUCCUAAGCCUGGUGGUUGACUGGAAAAUUGUGUUUAAGAUGCCUGAUUAAUGAGUAAAGUAUUAUGUGGUGGAAUGAAAUGGUUGGGCUUUGCUUUCCAUACUCUGUGUCCUACAUAUAGUGAACAACUUAAUGUUCACUGCCCCCUAUCCUAGUAGUAUAACCACCUUCAUCUUUGCUCAAGUGAUGAAAAGCUGUCAGGAGACAAGCAUGAUUACAUAAUACAACUGGAUAUUUUUUCAUCAAGGCUCUAUUUUAACCAAAGUAAUAGAAAUGUAAUCCGUAUGGUCAUGUCUGUUAGUGUGACCCUAAUAGUUAUGGACUGAAAUAUUUGUGUUUCCUGUUUCCGAUUCCAUCUUCCAGGUAGCCGUCCUAAACAUGUCUGUCUGAUAUUUUUUAGAUUGGUAAAUGCUGACAGGUCAAAGGGGUAUGUAGCACAAUGAAAUGUAUGAGUGAAGAUUAUUAUGAUUAGUAAAUCCUCCUGAGCUUAUUUUAAAAGUGUUUUUCUGUACAUGUACUUUGAAAAAAAAAUCAGAUUUACAGUCUUUUGUUAUUAGCAUCAUUAGAAUUCAUCAGUAGGAAUUACUAUCAUAGUCAUCAUUCUGCAAGAGAUUUGGACUACAAUAAUGCAUCAUAUUUUACUAAUAAGAUUUAAAGCCCACUAUUAUGUCAGGCCCUUAAUUUUUUUCUUCCCAAGAAGUUCACAGAUUGACAGCACAUCUGUCUGUUCAUUCAUGCAUCAACUUUAUCCAAAAAAAAAAGAUAAAUUUAAUGGAUGGUAUGUUCUUUUAGCACACUCAGCACAGAUUAUGCAAACAGUACUCUCAUGGUCUCCCAUCACCUAUAUGCCUAUCUUCCUAAGCAGCAAGCCAACUAUAUUUACAUUAUUUAAAAAAGUGAUGUCAUUUUUUAAAAAAAUUUAAAUAAGUAAAAAAAUCCCCACUGAUCCAAAGAUCAUUUAAUUUACAGAUAAUGCACUGUUAAAAUGGACAGCUUUUUCGUAUGAUGAUAUUUCACUUGUAUAUGUGUGUGAUGAAAAAUGAGUAUGCAGAUAAAUUGUUCAGAAAGGUAAUUGUGCAACACAAUUGUCUAUUCAGAUAUUAUACCAGCAUUUAUAUUAGCAAUAGCUUUGUUUGCUUUGAAGUUAACUCAUUUUGAUUAUCAUUUAAUUGAUAAGUUCUUUAAAUCUGGAAUUAAAUUGUAUGGUUUAGGUUCCUGUUCUAAAUCUUCAUUUUUUUUUAAAAACUGAUGGUGAUUGCUUUUGUAAUACUGUAAGGCUGUUAUGUAAGGCUGCAAUGGCUGUUAACACUGGUGCCUUGAUUUCUUCUGUUAUCACUCAACUAAAUGCUUUCACGGAGCAAGUAUACCUUCCAUUUUUGCAGAGUUAAAAGAAACUGUGCAAGUGAUGUCCACUGACAAAACCUUUGAAUAGAUCUUUCUCCAAUGUCAGGUACCUACUUAUUAGUCAUGUGCAAACUGGCCAGUGAAGAACCCGUGUUCACGUGUGAAUACUCAUAAUUAAUAGUGUGCUGUGUGUGUUAACUACACAGUCCAAGCUGUAAAAUACAUUUUUCUGGAGUAGUUUUACAAGGACUGAAGAAGGCUAUUGUAACUAAAGGUCACACAGAAGCAGUAUAAGGGGACAAACUGCUGAUUAGCCUUGAGCUAGUAAUAUGAGGUCCAUGAUAGCUGAAUGCUAGCAUCCAGCUAGUCAGUCAAGCUGCUUUGCUGGUACAAUGUAUUGUGCAAUGUACAUUGUAAAUCAAUGCAUAUAAUUUUCCAAAGGCGGCUUUAUGUAUAAACUCUCUUUUUUAAGAUGCCGACAAUGUGUUGACGAAACAGAUGUCAGUAAAAGGUGCCUUUGUUUGAAGGGGAGGUGUCUUAAUGUUUUAAAAGUUCAGGUUCCAGGGGAUCUUACACAACUUUCAUCCAUAUUAGCCAUUGUUACUGGCUUAAACCAGUGCACACAGUUUGCGUUCAGUGUUGGAGCUACCUGUCUGUUUGACACAUGAGAGGCUGGUGUUUAAUGGUAUAUGCUAUGCAUGUUUACUGUGUACAAAAAAAAGUGUGUGUAUAUAAAAUAGUGUGACAGUUAACUACAGGCUGUUUGAACAUUUGAAUUAAGUAUAGCUUCUUUCUCUCUAACCAUUUAUCUGUUUGACUUGCUUUCAAUUUUCUAGUUCCUUUUUUUAAGAUUUCCACUAUGCUUCCUUAUCAAAACUGAUAGAAAAAGGAAAAUUGUAAGACAUUUAGCUAAUAUUGCUGUCAAACUUGUGGGUACUCGUAAUUUUUCCAUGGAAAGAGGGCAUGUGCAAACUAGCCAGUUUAUUUUUUUUGUGGGGGUGGGGGGUGUCUCUUUUUUUGGGUCUGAUUAUCUGUUUACAGAAAUGAACAUAGUUGACAAACAACUUAUGUUGCUGAUGUAUUAUUCGUAGUGUAGCAAUAUUCUAAAAGCAUCCACUUAGAUGAUCGAUACAGAUUCUGAGACAUCAAAAUGUGUAAACCUGCCUACGUGGAAUCACCAUUAGCUUUGACUGAAAACACGUCGGAUCUCUGUAUCAAGCCUAAGUCUCAAAGAAAUGAAAUGCCUGUCUUGAGUGGUGGUGAGUCCAGCAAGGAACUUCAAGUCCGCUCUUUCGUGUUCUUUUGUUCACCUAAGUAUCUACACCCUCUGAGUUACCAUGAAGAACGAUCUUAGACAGUUUCAUGGCAGGUCACAUGACUGAACUUUACCAGCUUGAGCUGCUUGAUUGUUACAAGAAGGGGUUCAUGGUGGUGUCUGUGUGCUCCAUGCAAAGUCAUUUUUUUUUUCAUUCUGUGAACAAAAUUCAGAUCAACCUCAUCAGGCUCGUUCUCAAAUGCCUGGAUUUUCCUCUGUAUGGGCAAGCAGAAUCCACAUCUCACAUCUGUGCAGUAGGAUGAGAACUAUGACAGAAUUUGUACAGUUUGUACUUGGUACCAGUAUAAUGUUGCUAGGUCAAAUUUGUCCAGCUUCACCAUUGCCACUGUUGCAAUCCUGAUGCAGAUGUCUGAGUGUAGUUCCCACCUUUGGAAAGGGUGGUUCCCAAGAACUUAAAGCAGUUUAUGUCCUUUAUUCAUGUAGAUCUCUGUUUUGUUGUUGCCAUAGAUAUUAGCUAUGACUAUGAAUGUGGUGAUACGGAUAAGAGCAAAGUUGUUGAGAAUGUCAGAGAAAUACUUGGAAGAAAAAAACUGCGACAUAUCAGCAGUAGUUUGUACUCAACAUGCACUUGCACAGGCAUCCAGUGCAAUAGCCAAUGCAAUGUAGUAAAGUAAUGCUUCCUCACCCUAAAAAUGAGUCUAAUAGCUGAAUUCUGAAGUUCAUCCACAAGACUCAUAGGGCACCCAGCCAGAAGGGAGUGAUAUAAUCAAGUCUUGACAGGACAAGGGCACAGACAUGUUAAUCUAGGCCAGUUGUGAGGAGGGAUCUGACUGAACUACUUUAAAUAUUGCUGCAAGAACAAGACAUUACUUUGAUCAAGGGCACAAAAAGGUAUCAACUUAAACUUUUAUAAGCACCAUUUGCGUACUUUGGAACAGGCAUAGGCAGACUGGUUUUUAGGUAGGAGAGAGUGGAAGCUCAAAUACUCAAGCUAGUUGAAGUACCUUGAACAAGAAAUGUUUGAAAAAAGGAGAGCAGGUUUUAAGUUCAUGUUCAAGGUUCACUUUCUUAUGGAGUGGUUUUUCAACAUAAGUCUUAAAAAUGGAGGGACAAAAACAGAUUUUAAAAAAAGGCAAAGAAGGAUGGGCAGAAGAUAACAAUCAAUUAACAGGGUUUUCUGGCAUGGUUUAAAAAAGUGUAUUUGGUGUUCAUGACAUAAAUAAUGCUCAGCUAUUUGAACUUUUUUUUUCAUAGGCAAGGUUAACAAUUUUGAGAAUAAAAUGAUUGGUUCUUUCAAGGCAGCACCUGUUUUGAAAGAUUUGUAAUACAGACAUUAAAUUAUUGUAAGGUUGCUGCACAGAAUUUAGAGCUUAGAAAGAAAAACCAAAAGAAAGUACAAAUUCCACAAUAUGAAUGUUUCAAAUAUAUCUUAUUUUGGCAUGUGUAUGUGUUUGCAUAUGUCAUGCACGCAUGGGUGCAUCCAUUUGGACUCCUACACAUACAUAGACCUGUACAUAUGCGUACCGCUGUGUUCAUAUCCUUUUCCUAUGUAACUUGUACAGGAGAGAGGUUAUUUUAAUUAUAAUGUUUGUAUCAUUUAGUCCUAUAUGAUUUUUUGGCACAUUAUCCUGGAGUUAGCUUUCUUAUGUACAUUCAAUUUAAAAUAUUUGAAUCACAGUAACUAUUCAGGCUUCAUAAACAUUGUUAAAAAAGUUUCUCUUCUUUAAUGGCAACUGUUCAUGUUUAUGACAAUUACAGAUAUUGUUAUUGUUAACAAUGUAACUAGAGCAGGAUUUAAAAUUUUAAGUGGGUAUGCUGUGUUUUUACAGGUUAUCUAUCAAUGAACUUGAUCCUUGAUCAUUUCUCUCUUAGCUGCAGCAUGUUUUUUAAAUGAAUUAAGAGACUGAGACCAUCUUUUCUGUUGUUGCUACAGCAUUUUAAAAAAAUCCAUUUCAAUGGAUGCCAACAUUUUUUUUUUUUUUUACAAAAUUAUUGGUUUUGGCAUUAUUUGUAGUAACUGCUUCUGAUUAAUCCUAGCAGCUGACUGUAUGUAAUCACAUGGUGUGUUUGCAAGGUAUACUUUCUACAUGAAGGGAAAAAACUGAUACAUUUUAAGCUUUUUUUUUUUUUUUUUUCAUUCCUUGGUUUGGCUGAGACAUUUACAUUUUUAUUUGACGUCUGAACAUGAAGUUGCUCUUAAAGAUGAGUUUUAAGUUUUAGUCUGUUAAAGUUAGCUUUGGUGUGGUUUUUUGUUAAUUAUAUAGUUAAAUGUUGAUCCAUUGUUCUAUGAGAAAAUGUUAUUAAACUGUAGCUUUAUAUUACAACUCACAAAAUUUUGCUGAAUUGACAAUAUGCUCAAGAAAAUGUUUAAAGCUGAACAAGUAUAUGUGUAUGGGUCAAUUAAAAGUAUAAUGGAGUA